ACUGCUGGAGUCCAUGAUUCCCGUGAAGAUGAUUAAUUUCCCCCAGAAGAUUGCAGGCGAGCUGUAUGGACCCCUCAUGCUGGUUUUCACGCUGGUGGCGAUCCUUUUGCAUGGGAUGAAGACCUCGGACACCAUCAUUAGGGAAGGCACGCUGAUGGGCACAGCCAUUGGUACCUGCUUCGGUUACUGGUUGGGCGUCUCCUCUUUCAUCUAUUUCCUGGCAUAUCUGUGCAAUGCCCAGAUCACGAUGGUGCAGAUGCUGUCGCUGUUGGGCUAUGGCCUUUUUGGACACUGCAUCACUCUCUUUGUCACCUAUAAUAUCCACUUCCACUCCCUCUUCUAUAUCUUCUGGUUGGUUGUUGGUGGACUCUCUACACUACGAAUGGUUGCUGUGUUGGUGUCGCGCACCGUGGGGCAUACCCAGCGGCUCAUCCUGUGUGGGACCCUCGCUGCUCUGCAUAUGCUUUUCCUCCUCUAUCUGCACUUUGCUUAUCACAAGGUGGUAGAAGGUAUCCUGGACACAUUGGAAGGACCCAACAUACCACCCUUUCAGAGAGUUGCCAGAGACAUUCCAGUUGUUUCCAAUGCUGUACUGAACACAACAGCCAAAGCUGUUGCAUUGACCCUGUAGUUUCACAGACUUGGACUUGCUUCCUUCACUACUUUUGGGGCUGCAUAGGGCCAUAAUAACCUGCUGCCUCUUAGGAACUGGACAGAACAGCAAGAAGAAGACUUGGUUUUGUUCUCAUGGACCUGUCCUUUCGGUUGUAGUUUUGGGCAGCUGAGUGGACUGCACCUCAGUGACUCACAAGAACUAC